AAAAAUUGUCCGAUUAAUCGGCAUCAGCUUUUUUGGUCCUCCAAUAAUCGGUAUCGGGUAUCGGUAUCAGCGUUGAAAAAUCAUAAUCGGUCGACCUCUACUUCUAAUGGCUUUCCAUGAACCAGUUUGCCAGUCCCCGCCCAUUGGGCACAGACGUCAUUUCAACGUUUAGUUUUGAUCAAAUCAAAUUGUAUUUGUCACAUGCGCCGAAUACAGAAGGUACCUUACCAUGAAAUGCUUACUUAGAAGCCCUUAACCAACAAUGCAGUUCAAGAAAUAGAGUUAAGAAAAUAUUUACUAAAUAAACUAAAGUAAAAAAAAAAAUACAAUAAAAAGUAACACAAUAAAAUAACAAUAACAUAUACAGGGGGUACCAGUACCGAGUCAAUGUGCGGGGGUACAGGUUAGUCGAGGUCAUUUGUACAUGUAGGUAGGGGUGAAGUGACAAUGCUUAGAUAAUAAACAGCGUGUACCAGCAGUGUAAAAACAAAGGGUGGGGUCGUCAAUGGCCAUUUGAUUAAUUGUUCAGCAGAAAAUGUUUGGGUCCUUCCUCUGACACCGCCUAGUCUAUAGGUCCCAGUGAUGUAUUGGACCAUAUGCACUAUCCUCUGUAGCGCCUUAUGGUCAGAUGCUAAACAGUUGCCAUACCAGGCGGUGAUGCAACCGGUCAGGAUGCUCUCGAUGGUGCAGCUGUUGAACUUCUUGCAGAUCUGGGUACCCAUGCCAAAUCUUUUCAGUCUCCUGAGGGGGAAAAGGUGUUGUCGUUCCCUCUUCACAACUUUUCUUGGAGUGUUUGGACCAUGAUAGUUUGUUGGGGAUGUGGACACCAAGGAACUUGAAACUCUGGACCCACUCCACUGCAGCCCCGUCGAUGUUAAUUGGGGCCUGUUCGGCCCUCCUUUUCCUGUAGUCCACGAUCAACUCCUUUGUCUUGCUCACAUAUAUUUGGUUGUUGUCAACUAAUGUGAAUUAAACGUGAAAACAAAAAAUGCCGUCAUUGGAUUUAGGUUUUAAAAAAUCAAUAACUCCCUUACAUUGAUGAUAUUUUGCAAAUCCAUGUUGAUUCAACGUCAUCACAUUGCUUUUUUGCAUGAUGUGGAAACCAUGUUUUCAACCAGUUUUUGCCCAGUGGGCGCCUCCAUGUGUAAAACCCAUUAGCGCUCCUGCAAUCUGCAUUGGGAUUACUGAAAGCACCGCAUUAGCGAAAAUAACCUGCCCAGCUCCCUGUCAGUCACUAACCCGGAGGAUCAGUUGUCAAGCCUUCUCUCUCUUCUCUCUACUCCUUAUCUCCUGUCCUCGUAGCGCCAUGUCGAACGAGGAGCGGACAUUCAUUGCCAUCAAGCCAGAUGGAGUUCAGAGGAGGCUUGUUGGCGAAAUCAUCAAGCGAUUUGAGCUAAAGGGCUUCAAAAUGGUGGGGAUGAAAUUUGUCCAGGCCCCGGAGUCUCUGCUGAGGGAGCACUACGCUGACCUGGAGGACAGACCCUUCUUCCCAGGCCUCGUCAGCUACAUGACCUCAGGACCAGUGGUUGCCAUGGUAGGAGAGACUUUCCUCGUUGUGUUCAUUGACGAGUGGUGCAACUGGUCUAGUUUCCCCUGCAAGAACACAGAAAAGCCUGCACACUGUGUGGGAAGGGUUCAACGUGGUGAAGACAGGCAGAGUGAUGCUGGGAGAGACCAACCCUGCAGACUCCAAACCCGGCACCAUCCGAGGGGACUACUGCAUCCAAGUGGGCAGGAACAUCAUCCAUGGCAGUGACUCAAUAGAGAGUGCCAACACAGAGAUCAACCUGUGGUUCAAACCUGAGGAGCUUUGCAGCUACACUAGCUGCUCUACCAGCUGGCUCUACUGAUCUAGGACCCUAACCCUAACCAGUAGGACUAGGAGGGGAAAUGUAAAACUGGCCUUAGAUCAGAGACAACUUCAUCCUACUCUAGCUGGCGACUGAGGACCAUUUACUAUGGUAAAUGUGUUAGACUGCCUGUUUUGUUCAACUGAGCUUUCCAAUAAAAAACUCACAACCCCA